AGAGUGUUUCGAGCCGACGCCGGGUCCGCGGCCGCGAACAGCCGCUGUCGGGACCAGGUGGCGCGGCUGGGCCACGCCCGCAGCAUGGCCCCACCUCCGCCUUGCUGCCCUCCAGAGUCCGAGCCGCUUCUCAUGAUGGGGGACUACAUGCCUCUGGGGGAGAUGGUAUCGGUGCGCGACGACUUGCCCUGCUACGUCGCGAAGCCGCCCAAGCCGUCGAAGCACGCAGUCAUCAUGUUCACGGACAUGUUCGGAGUUGACACUGGCCGCCACAAGCAAAUAUGCGACGAUCUCGCCUCGAAUGGCUUCCUGACGAUCUGCCCAGAUUUCUUCGUCGACGCCCCUUACAUGAAGAAACACGCCUGGGGCAUCUCUUUAAGCUGUGCUUGCGAGUUCAUAUGCGGACUACUGUGCGGGGGUUUUGACAAGAUAACGAGGGGCCACGCUUGGGAGGUGAGCCUGCGGGAGAAGGUGAUGGACAAGGUGGUCCCGUGGCUCCGAUCGCAAGGGGCGGACAAGUUUCUAACGGUAGGCUUCUGCUGGGGCUCGUACGGGGCCAUGAGAUGUUGCGCGUUGCCCGACUUCGUUUGCGGUGUUUCGUUUCACCCGUCCACCGAAGGGUUCUGCAAAUCGACAAAAGAAGAUGCUCUGGCCAUCUGCCGGAGCGUCAGAGCCCCGCAGCUGGUCGUCGCAACCUCCGGGGAACCUGACUCCUGGAAGCCUGGCGGUGUCGCCCAGCGUGCCUGCGAGGAGGCAUUGCCCGGCCAUAUUAUUUGGAAGGUCGAAGAUAAGAUGAGUCACGGUUACAUGACGCGCGGGGACACCAAGGACCCUGAGAUUUUCGAGGCUGUAAACCGAGGCCUUCAAGAUAUGAUCGCGUUUUUCAAGCGUCACGCAUCGUGAAGUAACGCCGAGUAGGACCAGACAUUUUUGGAAAUGCCCCUUAGCCCAGCCGAGCCCCGUUGAGCAAAUAUCAUCCAGGACCGUGGCCCAUCCUUUCAGGAGCAGGUUUCCCCGCGCACUCCUCGUCGCCACGGCUGGACGCAUGUCGGAUAACUGGUGCGUUUGGA